GCGUAUCUGAUGCCUUUGAGCCCAAUUCACGUUUCUCAAUGACAAUGAACGCGAACCGAGGGGGGGAACGUGAUCAGCGGCGAACCGGGCGGGUCAUGCACGGCAAGUGAACCGACGGGUCCCUGCGCGGACUGAUGAGCGGCCAAAUAUUUGGCCGAACCGCGUGCAUUUGUAGAUAGACGCCGUUGUUCCUCUUUCUAGUUCAGCAACCACCACCACCAUCACCACCACCAGUAACCUCGAAUUCGCGAUCCAAUAUGCCCAAGGACAUCGCUACACCGUCUACGAAGAAGACGCGCACGGCCGUAUCCAUCCUUAACAAGAGUAUGAAGACGUUCAGGAAGACCGUGAAGGACAAGUUCCGCCACGACAACUUCAACGUCGGCAAGAACUCGCGCUUCGCCGCGUCUGCUGUCAACGCUCGCCUCAAGGAGGCUGAAGACGAGCUUGCCAGAUUCACCCUCUCCCCAGACGCAGCCGGCGCGAAGGUCGCGGAUGAGCCAACCUCGUCUGCGUUUGCCACCACGGAGCUCGUCGAGGCUCUUCCCGUCAUCGCGACUGCCGCUGCCGACAAUGAGAUUACUAUCCGGAACCCAGAGCUCGUGAAGCCUGGUUCCAAGGACGACGCGAACAUCGUCCCCCCUCCCGCGAUUAGCGCCGACGCCAAUGCCGCGUCGGAAACCUCUGCCACGGUCUACCACACCUCCUCCACUGUCUCUGAUGGGCCCAUUGAAGGCACGAACGCAGCGCCCAUCAUCGAGACCUUCCCUACCAUCGCGACCCUUCUGGACACCCUCAUCGCGUCCGGGACCAUCAUCGCCAACGUGCAGGCUGCAGCCGGCGACAACGAGACCGAGUCCCCGGCAUCCCUCUCCUCCUUCCCCUGCGCCGAGGCCAUCGAGGAUCCUCAUCAUCAGGAGCAGCGUCGCGACGAACUCGCCAACCCUCAACUGCAGGUAUCCGCCAUGGGCAACUCCGACAUGGCCUACUCGGACCUGGCCUACACCAACCCCGCCACCAUCGAUUCCCCUCAACAUGCCUCCUCAUCCAUCACCGACCGAUCCACCACGCUGUUCAACAACCUCGAGGCCCCCGUUCAGGGUGCCCUCGAGGUGCUCUCCGUCAACGACGCGUCCGCUCGCCGCGCGCGGCGCAACGCUCUCCGCAAAGCGGGCUCGGCCGCGAACUUCGGCGACAUCCCUUCCAGCAUCGUCGCCACCGAGAAGAGGACCUCGGAGGACUUCGACACCUUCCAGGAGUCUGGCAGCGCCGUGCGCAACCGCGCUUGCCAGCAGGCGCGCCGUCAUCAUGCCGGUCCGGGCUACAAGCUUGCGAGCGCCCGGCGCCGUCGCGCGGGGGAGAUCGACCGGACCAACCACUUCCAGGUCUGCCUCAACCCCGUGAACGUGCCCAUCAUCUCGCCGUUCGCGCUCGCUGUCGCCCGCGAGUCUCCUUCGGCGAUGGAGGCGCUCGAGCGCUACCGGAGGUCCGUUGCACGUGAGGCGCCUGUCCACCCCGUGUACGACUCCGGGGAUAGCUCAAGCUAUACGUCGGACGAGGAGUCUGUGGAGACCCGCUACGGGAUGUACGCUGGGUCGUCAGCGACCUCGGCGUCUUCGUACGACUCCGACGACUCCAUGGACUAUUGCUAAGCAGCACGUCGCGCAGCUCCUUUCCAUCUCUCUCGUACUCGACUCGCCCCCAACCCGCUAUCUCGCUGUCGAUACUGCAGAAGGCCUUUGCUCUCGACGAACUCCCCACCAGCAUCAUCGACCAAAUCGAAAUGAAUUGUAUCGUUACCGACUUGUUACCCACCGUGUUUAUCUGUAGCUUAAACGGACUCAUACGUAGUUUCCCCCUCAUCUUGCCCGCUAUCGCGCUUUUGUAUCGUCUCGUCAAUGGACCAUCGGAAUACCUUGAUUCUAU